CGAAUGACAGAUGAUAUAAGAGUUCUGAAAAUGACGGUUCGAUUUUUAAAUUUUAAAAACCGUUAGAUUCUAAUUGAAGAAACCAUUUUAUUAGUUUAAUUUCUUCCAAAUAAUUUAUAUAAAAGGAAUCUCAACGACGAAAUGUCGACAGUCGAAGAUAAAGUUUCGAAACAUAAACGAAAAAAGGCGGAAAAUUAUCUUUCAAAUCUAAUAAAUCACGUCUCACCCGAAAUUAAAGAAAAUCUAAAGGAGCUGAAAAAGUAUCCUUCUAUAGUGAAAGCCGUGUACUUAGGUGACGAGAAAGCCAUUGAUCUCUUGUUAGAUGCCGGUGACAGUAUCAACGUGCAAAUAGCGGAUGGCACUACUCCACUUAUCAUGGCAGUCGAACGGGGUCACGUGCAUUUAAUUAAAAAAUUUCUGGAGGCAGGAGCCGAUCCAACCGUUCUGAGAAAGGUUCGUCACAGAAAUACCCUUCUAGUACUAGCAGCCGAUAAGGGUUGGGAAGCUGGAGUAACUUCAAUGUUCUCGCGCCAUGACAUUAAUAUAAACCAUCAGAAUUUGAAUGGGAAAACGGCCUUGAUGAUAGCAACUGCGCAAGGUCAUAUGCAAAUAGUCGAAAUACUCCUCUGUCGUGGUGCGAAUUUGCUGCUUGAAGAUCAGAAAGGAGCUACAGCGUUAUGUUACGCCGUAUUCCACCAGCACCCCGAAAUAGCGUGUUGCUUAUAUCAGAAAAUGGAUUACUCCUUCAAAAAUACCUUCGUCAAGAGGAGGAUCGAAUUACUGACUUGUCCAGCAGCCACCUCUUCAUUCCUUAAGGAUAUGUUAUUCCCAGUUCUAUUGCAUAUACGUCGCAAAAUGAAGAAAGGAUUUACACUUCUUCAUACGAAUGGCAUCUUUGCCAACCUGGUAGAAUGUGCCGAGAGAAAUGUAAAAGAUGCUGACUUACUAUGGACCUUGUUCCAUCUUUCAGCUUGCUUGAUAUACGAUAAAGCCGAUUAUAGUAAGUACAUCGUUGAAGAAUUGGUUGAAGAUUUCGUAGAAGCAAAUGCUCCAGAACUAAUAUUAAAGGUGGCGAAGAUUUAUAAAGAGGAAGAUCAGUUUCAAUUGAGAUGCGCCGCUCUGUUACCAAUUCAAGCGGUGGCAGAAGUCGAAGCCGGUAGGAAAUGGUUAGAGAAGAAUUUUACGUUUCUGACCCCCUAUAUAACAGAAUUUAGUACCCAUCUUUGCAUCCUAAACUACUGGCAAGAGGAGGAGCAAGUUAAAGUAUCGGUGAUAUGGGAGAGAUUUAAGGACACGUACCAGAAAAUCUGCGUUAAAAGUGGUGACUUAAUCACAAAUUUAAUGAUAGCGAAAGGUUCGAAAACAGAAAAAACGAAUAAUCAGAAGAUAAAGAAAAUGAGGACGAAACUAUUCGUUAAUAGUAACAGAUACGUUAAACUUAAAGAAAGUGAGAAGAACGAGGAAACGGGAACGAUUUACGAUCCCUUAACAAAGCGUAAUUUAGAUCCUUGCACUCGGACACGAGAAAGCAAGGGUGACAAUUUCGAAUUGGCAGUACGUAAGAAAAAGGGUAAAAGCCCUCCCGAAAGAAAAAACAAGUCAUCGACAUCAAAAACAGACAAAAAUAAAAAUGGUGCGAAGUCCGUCAACACUUGCUCUCAAAAGCACGGAUCGCGAAUCAAAGAAGACGACUGGUCACUUAAUAUUAAUUACUGGGAAGGACCACGCAAUCAGUUUAUCGAAUCGGAAUCUAGUCGUUCUGGUGGUUGUAAACGACACCCCGGAACUUAUGCCAGUGCUGUUAAGAAAAAUCUAAAUAAGUCGAUAGAUCUAGAACUAGACGAAUAUUCUAAAGAUUUUCCCUCGAUUUUAUUAUCAUCAGGGUGCCAUAAACCAUUAGACAAACCGUUAGAAAAAUUGGAUGGCACACGGGGUGAUUUCAUCUCGACUAGGAUAUUUACGAACGCAUCAAACGUCGCCAAUGAUUCUUCCUGCCAUUUAUGGGAUCUUCACAAGGAUACUUCUUCGCCUAAUCUGGAAGCUGCCAGCAUUACGUUCUCCGACCUUCCCUCGUCUAAUUGUCACUUUACAGAAGAUAGGGCCGAUCCCGAAGGUGGUUCCGAAACUUCAGCAGAUCGAGUUGCAAUUACAACGAAUGACGACACGGAAGAUCCCGAAUCGGAACGAUUCGUACAGCUACUGUCGGAAGUUUUAACAAACUUGAUGAGGAUGUUGAUGAGGAAGUGUAGAAAUUCGUUGGAUACUGGGAUAAACGUCGCAUCGAAAUCGGGGGAAGAAAUCUUCGCAGAAUGGCGACCGCAAUCCCAAAGAUGGAAACCUCUUCUUUGUAAACUCCUAGCAGAACCUGAGAAUCAAAGGUGUUUUGUCAAAUCUGCUUUCUAUGUAGAACGGAAGGAAUGGACUCUACGCCAAGGAAAAACUUCUACUUACCUCGGCUUUUAUAAUAAUCGAGAGGAGGUUGUAAUUAAGAAAAUAUAUUCCAACACUUCCUGCAAAACAACGGCACAGAACAUGCUUCGCUUAACGUCCAAUGUGAUUCAUCAUAAGAAUAUACUCCCUAUACUUGAGGUGUGCUAUAAUUAUUCAUGCGGGCCAGUAUACACGAUCACGAAACUGUGCGAAUACAGUCUACAAGAAUAUCUACCACUCGUACAAACGAAUAAUUUAUUACCAAUCGUUGGAAAGAAGUUGGUCCAUCAACUUUUCGAAGGUCUUGAGUAUUUGCAUAGCCAGUCGAUUCUGCACGGUCGAUUAAAACCAAACAAUGUCCAAAUAGGCAUGAAUGGCAACCUGCUUUUGAGUGAUUUCGGUCUGUUAGACGUGUGGCCACCUCUCUGCGGAAUUUUAACCUAUUCUUCUCCUAAUGAAGUAUCUGUUUACAGCUGGAGAUGUCAGGAAUGCGUUACGGCUAUAAGUACAUCGGUGGCCAAAUCUGCCUUUACGGCCGCUUCCGAUAUACAAGUUGCUGGAAUGCUAACAUACUUUAUUUUUACUGGCCUACAUCCUUUCGGUUCCAAUGAUAUCGAAUGUCAAGUGAAAAUAGGUGAAGGUAAUCCCAUAUUCCGAUAUCUUGGUCCAGAAUUAAAUGAUUUGGUGGCUUGGAUAAUAUCUUACGAACCGACCACCAGACCUACGGCAUGCAUGGUCUUAAACCAUCCUUACUUUUGGUGUUCUCAAAAGAAACUGGACUUUCUGAUAGCCGUAGCCAAUCAACCCGAAAUGGAUUCAAAGUGCUGGAAAGAAAUCGAAGGAAGAACAGAGUUUACUCGCUUUGAAAACUGGAUCUCACAAGAUACCUACUCAGGUCAGCAUUUUGAAAAAACGUCGAAUCUUCUUCGACUCAUAUCGAACUGUGUUAAACCUCAUAAUUUACUAUCAGACGAAGUUCGAACCAUCCUGAACAAUCCAGCUUCCUAUUUUACGGAGAAUUUUCCUUCGUUGGUGAUAAAUAUAUAUAAAGUUUUACGUCGGAGUGAUUGGAAAUAUAGGCCUUCUCUAUCCUUUGUUUUCAACUGAACCCAAAAAAAUUGUGAAAUUUUUAUAUAUAAUUAAAUAGAACUCGUUCAUUCAAUUUUACUACAAAAUUACGUCUUUUUUAUUUGGAAAGAGUGCGAAAAACAU